GGCGUGAGGAGUGAGGUGCUCCGGGUGAGUUUAUCAUAUGCCGUUGAUAAGAGAAAAGAGAGAGAGAGAGAGAGAGAGAGAGAUUGACCGUUUGUUAAUCUUAUCUUUUCUUAUCCCAAACAAACUGAAACUCAACUCCUGAAAGGCAAGAGUGAGAGAGAAAUGGAGAAUGCGGAGGAGAUGAUGCAGCAAAACGACGAGGUUUUGUCGGUUGAACUUCCAGCUCCUUCCGGUUGGAAUAAACUGUUUUUCCCUAAGAAACUGGGAACACCAAGAAAAAGUGAGAUUGUAUUCAUUGCUCCAACUGGGGAGGAGAUCAGUACCAAAAAACAAUUGGAGCAGUACCUAAAGGCACAUCCUGGCAAUCCUGUCAUUUCAGAGUUUGACUGGGGAACUGGUGAGACCCCUAGGCGAUCAGCAAGGAUCAGUGAGAAGGUCAAGUCAACUCCACCAGCAGAUAGUGAUACUCCAAAGAAACGAGCUCGGAAAUCAUCAGGAUCAAAGAAGGAUAACAAAGAAACUGAAUCUGCAUCAGAGGAAGGCAAGGCAAAGUCUGAUACUGAAGAUCCCAAGGCUGCAGAGGAGGAGAAAAAUGAAGGAAAUGAUAACUCUAAUUCUGGAGGAAAGCAACUUGAGAAUGGAGAUAAAACUGAACAAAUUGAUGAACAGGCCAAGAAGCCAGAUGUAGAUAUGGAAGAAAAUGAUCUGAAUGAUACAAACAAUAAAUUAGAAAAUGAUUCAGAUGAAAUUAAGAACAGUCAUGUGAACGGCGAAAAUGUGAUUGCUGAAAGGCCUGAAGGUGAAGAAGCUCAAAAGCAAGAAGUUGAACCAGCAGAGAAAGUUGCCGAAGAAGCUGCUAAUACUGCGGAGACUGAAAAAUCCCUACUGACUGAAUUAGAAAAAGAAAAGAAUGAGGAGAAAACAGAUCCUGCGACUCUAGAGGCUAAUGGGGGAGGCGAGAAAGAGAAUCCUAAUGCUGCACAAAUGUAAUAUGGUUAUUUGGAGCUGUGCACAGUGAAACACUUCAACAUUUGUCAUACCGUUGUGUAAGCUGCAUAAAUGUAACACCAUUGCCCUAGUGCCCCAUGACUUUUGCGAUGCUAUUUUAGUUAUUUUGUGGCCUUAUGGAUGACUGUAGUCUCGUAUUUCAUCUAAAGAUUUGGUUGUACUUUCUACCUAGGAUUAGGAAAUUAAAUGAGUCUUCCUUUUAGUUUAGAUUAGGACAUCUGAUUUUACUUAGUGCAGCUACGUAGAUUGUAGACUUUCUGUGACACAUUUGUGUUUCUAGUCAUUUAAAUUUCACAUUCCCCAUCUAAGAAUGCUCUUUUUAUGUUACCGAAAGUGAGUGGUAAAUGCAGGAUUGAAGCAGCAAUUUAUCACUUCCUUUCCUAGUUAUGGCAUAAGCUUCAUAUCUAAAGGUUGCGUUUCAUUAGAUUUCAUGUAAUUCAUCAGUAUUCAGUCA